AAGCUCCCUUAACCUGGGUCUUUGAUAUAUUUGAGGCAGUUGGCUCUUCAGUAGCAGCUUCAGUGCAGAUACUUCAAACAAAAUUAUGGAGCCUCAAAGUCAGGAUUUGAAGACAACACCAUCAUUGUCUUUAGAACGAUUUCACAUUUCUGAAGACUAUGGUUUUCUUCUUCCAAAUCCUCUGAAAGAACUUCCAGAUCAUUAUAGGCCUUGGAUGGAAAUAGCCAACAAACUUUCUCACUUGAUUGAAAGUCACCAGCUUCGAGCUCAAGUGAACAAGAUGCCCCUCCUGAACUGCCAGUUCCUCAAGAGUUACCGGCAACGGCGCCUGGCCCACUUGGUCCUGAGCUUCAUCUCCACCGGCUAUGUCUGGCAGGAAGGCGAGAGAGAGCCUGAAGAGGUUCUGCCAAGAAAUCUUGCCCUUCCCUUUGUCGAAGUCUCCAAGAACUUGGGGCUCCCUCCUAUCCUGGCCCACUCAGACCUGGUGCUGACAAACUGGACUAUGAGGAAUCCUGAAGGACCCAUGGAUAUCAGGAACUUGGACACUGUCAUCUCCCUUCCUGGGGGAGAAAGCCUGCGUGGCUUUAUACUGGUGACUGUGUUGGUGGAGAAAGCAGCAGUCCCUGGGAUUAAGGCACUUGUUCAGGCAGUGAAUGCCAUCUUGCAGCGCAGCCAGGACUCCCUGCUCCAAGCCUUGCAGCGACUGAGACACUGCAUUCAGGACAUCACCAGAACCUUGGGACAAAUGCACGAUUAUGUAGAUCCAGAUGUAUUUUAUACAGUCAUCCGGAUAUUUCUCUCUGGAUGGAGAGAUAACCCAGCAAUGCCUGCGGGGUUGACAUAUGAAGGAGUCUCUAAAGAGCCCCUGAAAUACUCUGGAGGGAGUGCAGCGCAGAGCACAGUGCUUCAUGCCUUCGAUGAGUUCUUAGGCAUUCGUCAUAGCCAGGAAAAUGCUGAUUUCCUGCACAGAAUGAGAGACUACAUGCCUCCUUCCCAUAAGGCCUUCAUAGAAGAAAUCCACUCGGCUCCUUCAUUGAGGGACCACGUCCUGUCCUCUGGAAAUGACCAACUUCUGACAGCCUAUAACCAGUGUACGGAGGCCCUGGCAGAGCUGCGCAGCUAUCACCUCACCAUAGUGGCCAAAUACCUCAUCACGGCUGCAGCCAAAGCAAAGGACAAGAGACCCAGCCAUCCCCCAGGACCACCCCAGGCCUUAGAACAGAGGGGCACAGGUGGAACUUCAGUGCUGAGGUUCCUGAAGAGUGUCAGGGAUAAAACUUUAGAGGCAAUCCUGUACCAGCAUGGUUAAGAGACUGCCCUUCCCAUGCAAUGCAAAACCAGCAAACUCGUUUCCCUCGCCCCCUCCCCCUCUUGGUGGCCAGGUGGGCCUAUAAAAUCAAAGUUGAGUUUUGUCUAGAAUAAUCCGAAAGAGACCUCAGCCCUAUUCACAUUCCUGCUCUAUAGAACUCUGUCUUCUCCUUUGUUGAGAGCUGUUAGUCUUCACAGAGGAGAAUGUUCAUGGCCAGAAAUUUCCGUUCCUUAUCUGAUUGUUGGUUAAUAGCAAACAGCUUUGGGCACUCUCUCAUUCAGAACCCCACAGAGGAGCUAGUGUACCCCUGUUGUCUUUGCAAAGUGAUAGGAAAACACUCUAAAUUUCAGAAACCAAAUAAAAUUGCCUGUG